AGACAUGCCAGCAACACCGCUCACCAUUGGUGGAGGUCGGCCACCCCUGGCCCAAAAUGGCAGAGCAGAGAGGAGUGGCUUCAGGGUUCCGCCAUGUUGGGGUUAAUUUGGGCUCGUCAGGCCGGGCUCGACGAUCCAUUGCGGCUGCGCCGGGCCGAGGCUACCCGGAGGGUUCUAAGUUUGGAAUUAAAUAAAGAUAGAGAUGUGGAAAGAAUACAUGGGAGUGGUAUCAACACCCUUGAUAUUGAGCCUGUUGAGGGAAGAUACAUGUUAUCUGGUGGGUCAGAUGGUGUUAUUGUGCUUUACGACCUUGAAAACUUGACCAGAGAAAAAAGUUACACAUGUAAAGCACUUUGUUCUGUGGGAAGGAGCCAUCCUGAUGUACAUAAAUUCAGUGUGGAGACAGUCCAGUGGUAUCCUCAUGACACUGGCAUGUUUACAUCCAGCUCGUUUGAUAAAACCUUGAAAAUAUGGGAUACAAAUACUUUAAAAUCUGCAGAUGCCUUUCACUUUAAAGGAACAGUUUAUAGCCAUCACAUGUCUCCAGUUGCUACAAAUCAUUGUUUAGUAGCAGUUGGUACCAAAAGCCCCAAAGUACAGCUCUGUGACUUGAAGUCUGGAUCUUUUUCUCACAUUCUUCAGGGUCACAGGCAAGAAGUACUGGCAGUGGCUUGGUCCCCACGUCAUGAAUAUGUUUUGGCAACAGGAAGUGCAGAUGGUAGAGUGAAAUUAUGGGACGUGAGGAGAGCAUCUGGAUGUCUGAGUACACUUGAUCAGCACAAUGGAGAAAAGUCCAAAGCAUCUUCGGAGGCAGCAAACAGUGCUCACACUGGGAGGGUUAAUGGUUUAUGCUAUACAAAUGAUGGACUUCAUCUGUUAACCACUGGUACAGAUGAUCGGAUGCGACUCUGGAACAGCUUCACUGGAGAAAAUACAUUAGUGAAUUAUGGGAAAGUCUGCAAUGAAAGCAGAAAGGGACUCAAAUUCACCAUCUCUUGUGGCUGUGAUCCGGAGUUUGCCUUUGUACCAUAUGAUAGUACCAUUGCUGUUUACACAGUUUUCACAGGAGAACUGAUAACUAUGCUUAGAGGGCAUUACACUGCUGUCAACUGCUGUGUAUUUCAGCCUAAUUUUCAGGAACUUUAUAGUGGUAGCAGAGAUUGCAAUAUCCUUGCAUGGAUACCAGCUCUUCGAGAGCCAGUUCCUGAUGAUGCUUCUGAAAAGUCUCUGCCUCAACAGCAUUUAAAUCCAGCAUAUGAAGACGCAUGGAGCAGCAGUGAUGAUGAAGGCUGAAUUUCAGUUAUGCGGUGAUAUGCAGUUGACGUUCAGGCACUGCGUUCACAGGCUUCAUCUACAGAUUUGGAUAAUGUCUUAUAAAUUACAACUGGAUUUUUGGUACAGUUCUGUUAGGGCAAGUUAUUUUGGAAAUAAGUUUCCACUGUUCUGUGUUUUUCCUUCACUGUUAAAGGAUUGCUUUUUCAUACUUACGGACUUUUAUACUUAGCUUUACACAUUGGUAUUCUUUAUUCAGUUUUGAAUAUCUGAUGGAAGAAAAGUCCCUUGGCAACAGUAAAUACUGCACUGCUUCUGGGGUCACUAAUAUAUAAGGAAAUAAUACCUUCAUUCCCAAGAGGCAUGCUACAGAAGAUUUUGCCUGAAAUAGGACUAGUUCAGGGAUACUUCCAUCUUAUUUUUAUCAGUGUCUAGAUGAAACAGACCAGCAUUCAUUUUCAAUGGAUGUUGGCUGUGGGAGCCAACAGGAUUUUGUGUCUGUUCUUUUGCAUUUUCAGUUUAGCCUACGUUACUGCACAAAUGCAGUAAUUCAGUUCAGAAAGAGGUAUAGCUGAGAUCAUCUAUUCAAGUAUUUAUAUGGUGAUCCCAUCAGUUAGUAUUUGAAUCUGUCCCAGAAAGUUAAGAAUAUAAAGUAGUUUGGAGUUUUUGUUGCUUCUGUUAGCAGGUUUUAAGAUCAGACUCCAUGUAUGAAUCUCUCACACUUCUCUAGCCAGUAUGAAAACUUCAUGCCCAAACACAGGCUUGAGGUACAGUACAAGGCAGAGAGUGAAUCACACUUCAAGGUAGGAAUAUCAAAUGUAGCCCUCCAAAAUUCUGAAUCUGUGAAUUUCCUCAGUUUUGAAAGGAGAAGCUUUGUGAGGUUAUUGUCUCAUCUCAGUUGCUAGUUUGUGCUUCAGACAUAGUGCAGUCACCAAGCAGAGAGCGGAGUUAGAGGUUCCCAGCAGCUGUAGAUGUAGCUGUAUAGAUAAGAACUUCCUUCCAAAGCAGAGCAGAUGCUAGGACCACAAAUUUGUACACAAGGAAAAAAUAUUGUAAAAAUAAAUGAAAGAUAAU